AGCGUGUUAAUUUUGAAUGAAUCGUACUGGAUCUACGCUUUUGAUGAGAAGCGUGUCACUUUCUCAACGAGCGUCUCAAAAUCUAACCGUUUGAUCAAAAUAUUUUUGACGGUCAUCGUCUCGCCGACAGCUUUGGAAAAGUCGCCGGAGAAAUUAACUGCUCCCGUGAGCAUCUCCGCCUGGGAAUUUGAGAGAUGAUUCAGCAACACGAAAGCAAAAGCUACAAGUCUACAUCAGUGGAGGAGAAUAUUCCAAUGGAAGAUAGUAAAGCUGGUGAAGGUAUUAGAGCUCAAUGGCUAAAGUGCCUUGUCAUGGGGUCCCCUGGAGUAUUAGAAUAUGAGGCAUGAUUGAUUGUUUCUGAGUUCACUUCAAUUUUUCAAGAGAGUUUCUGAGAACCUAGCUAUCAGUAUCUAUCUAUCAUGAGAGAAAUAGGAGAAGAGAAAGUGGCGUGGAUAUACUUUACCAGAGAUGUUGUGCCGUUUGCUGCUAUGUUUGCUGUGGAGUGUACAACGGUUGGGUCGAACACACUGUACAAGGCUGCAACUUUAAGAGGAUUGAACUUCUAUGUCUUUGUCUUCUACUCUUAUGUUGUUUCAACAACUCUCCUUCUUCCACUUUCCUUUGUCUUUGGAAGAUCAAGAAGCUUACCUUCUGCCAAGUCUCCUCUCUUUUUCAAGAUUUUCUUACUUGGUCUUAUCGGGUUCAUGUCGCAGAUCGUUGGUUGUAAAGGUAUUGUAUAUAGCUCCCCAACUCUUGCCUCUGCUAUCAGCAAUCUGACACCAGCGUUUACAUUCACACUCGCCGUUAUCUUCAGGAUGGAACGAGUAAUGUUAAGUAGCUCUGCUACUCAGGCUAAAAUCAUUGGUGCAAUACUAUCUAUAUCUGGUGCUUUGGUCAUUGUGCUUUAUAAAGGCCCAAAAGUGCUCGCUGUUGCAUCUUCUACACCUUCAUCACUUACCAUUUCGUCUCACCAGCAUUUGACCUCAGUAGAUUCUAGCUGGAUACUCGGAGGACUCCUGCUUGCUUCACAGUAUUUUCUUAUAUCAGUCUGGUAUAUUAUACAGACUCGGGUCAUGGAGGUAUACCCUGAAGAAAUAACGGUAGUCUUCUUCUACAACUUAUUUGCAACACUAAUCUCAGCACCAGUAUGUCUAUUUGCGGAAAGUAACUUGACUUCUUGGGUACUUAAACCGGAUAUUACCCUCACUGCAAUCAUAUACUCGGUG